ACAUGCUAUGUGAAAGGCGCGGCGUAUAACACCGAAGGCCUAGCGUUUCUUAACGCUGUCACAUUGUUGAGUACAGGAACAUAUAGAGUCACAGCUACCUCCAUCAUGUCGUCUGGGCUGAGGAUAGGACACGGGAUUGUCUCGGGACUCUCCAUUAUCUCGGGUCUCUCCAUGGUGCUCAUUAUAUACUUCCUCAACGAGCUGAUAGAGCGGGCCAACUACGAGGCCAGGGAACAUAAAGUCACCCCCUACAGUUUCAAUGGGUAUGCCCCGUAUGCCGCGGCCGACUCGCCUGUCUACAUCGUUGGCGUGGUGUACAUUAUUUGCGGCGUGAUCGGUGUCAUAGCAACAUUCAUAAAUGGGAAGACGUUUUAUAAGGUUGAGGUGAUAGUAUGUGUCGUCACGCUGCUCAUCAUGGCGGGAAUAUUAAUCGUCAGUAUGAUGGUCAUUGGCGCAUUCUCACCAAUCAACAUGAGCUUCUGUCAAAGCUUUGGCCGCUCUUGUGUAUGCAGCCAAAUUAUUCCCAACAACUGGCACUUUCCCUGCGAGGAACUGAACACGUUGUACGACAUGGCUGUGGGUAUCGUGGCUAUGAAUAUUCUCGGUUUGGUCUGUACCUUGGCCGCUGCCGUCAUCAGUGGCUUGGGAGGCUUUGGGAAAAAGGAGGCUGCGGAGUCUUCAGAUAUGCCGAUGAGGUCAAGGGACAGAACGAACAAAAUAUAAUAUGCGUCACCUUGACAACGGUCAUACAGUUGCAGUGUCACCUUGACAACAACCAUACAGUUGGAGUGUCACCUUGACAACAAUCAUACAGUUGGAGUGCCACCUUGACAACAAUCAUACAGUUGGAGUGUCACCUUGAUAACAAUUAUACACUUGGAGUGUCACCUUGGCAACAAUCAUAUAGUUGCAGUGUCACUUUGACAACAGUAAUACUGUUAUUUGGUCGAAAGGUGAAAGUUUGUAAACGAUAUUUACAAAACCAAUGUUUGAUGACACCCUGCGGCCCCAUCACUAACAAGUUGAGACACCAUGGAACUUACAUUGUCCACGACUUCUACAACGACCUGCUGCUGUUACAUGGCACGUACAACUUGACACUUGCUCUCUUUUUAGUGACAAAACUGAAGACAUGAACCAAUACAUGAUGCAAAUACUGCAUGUGUAUUUGCAUCAUGUAUUGGAUCAUGUCUUCUAUUCUGUCACUAAAGGGAGAGAGUAUUUACAUACAGUAUGUCUUCUAUUUUGUUUUUCUAUAUAUAUAUAUAUAUGUUUCUAAAAUGCUUCGCGAAAACACAAUAGUUCCGGUCAAAACUGUAUUACACUACCAUGGAGGUAGAACACACGUUAUUUUACCUGUAUUUUUAUAUGUUAUAUUGUAAUACUUCCUAGUGCUCGUGGCCACUCAAUGGAACCAUGCCUGAUUGUUUUUAUACUUUUAUAUCGUAAGGAAUUUCUCUGGAUUGAACUGCGUGUGUCAGCUGAAUGGACUGGGACAGUGGAGCUACGAUUGCCACGCCCAACAUCAAAGGUUGAUUCCCCAAAUGGGUACACCGCGGACCUUAAAUAACGUCUCCCGCUAUUAUAAGGUUGGAAUGUUGCUUAAAACAUCUUAAAACUCACCUCACAGACGCCUUCAUACAAACUAGGUUAUAAUGUUGUAUAUUUCAAAAUACAGUACAUCGUUAGAUCUGAGCACAAUUCCUAUCAGUACACGAGAUGGGAGAAGUGGAGUGACAUUUUAUACAUGGACUUUCCUUACAAUAUAUGAGAAUCUGAAUAUAUGUGACCCAACAAAUAUAUCUUGUUUUGGAAUAUCUAGAACUGACAACUGAUUAGGCAAGCAUACACAGCGAGAGUAGUGUCUUGAAAUCUACCAUCCCCUUUACCCCAACAAACAAUCUUUUUGUAUUUUUGUACAUAGAGACAUAGAGUUGUUACAAUGAAUGCAUAAUAGUGUAUCAUGAUAUGAUCAUCCAGUCACGAGAACACCCCGUGCUACCCACAACUUAUCGUGUAGCCCCAACACCAACCUGAUGAGUACUUGUUUGUGCGGGAAGAGGCGACCACAUGGAACAGACUCGGACUGGGUUAACUGCUGCAUGUUCUCGUCUAUAUAGUAUUGUGUAGAUUGAUGCUCGUGUUGCCAAUCACUCGAAUGUCUGGUCUAGACUCGAUACCUUUAUGACUACCGUCACAUCUGGAACAGUCCUAAAUGCGACAAUAAGCAAUAAACUACCGAUUUCACUUAUUUAAUCCCCAAAGAAUCUAUUCAAUUCCAUUGUAAACUCAGUCCUGAUCCACGUAUCAACCACCCAGUGAGGAUAUAAACAGUUUUGUGAAAUAGUAUUAUUAUGGAGUACAGCUGUUCAUGUUUAUAACAGAUCAAUAUGUGUUUGUUGCUUAACGCCGCAUCCAGUACAACCCCAGUUGGCAGCUUGUAUCGUAGAAAAGGCAGUGAGUCACUACACUAAUGUUAGACCGUCCAGGUGUGGAUGGAUUUAUAUAUGGUGCUACUUGUUGAUACGUUCGUGUGUAUUUGUAUUCCUGAUUCAUGUAAACUGUUGAAGCAAUAAAUACACAAAUAGAA